CCCGAGCGGGGCGCGAGCCCGGAAGGCGCGGGCGGAGGCGCGGGCACAGCCCGCCGGGCCAGGCCACCAUGGACAGAGGCCAGCCCCUGCCCCUCCUUGGUGAUGGGAUGGUGUGAGAGUUGACAGCAGCGUCCUGUCGGCCCGUCCAGAGCGAGAUGCCCUGUAUCCAAGCCCAAUAUGGAACACCAGCCACAAGCCCGGGCCCGCGCGACCACCUGACAGGUGACCCCCUGCUCCUCGACUUCAGCAAGCCUACCAUGGACCUGGCCAGCCCCGAGGCGGCGCCCACCACGCUACCCAGCUUCAGCACCUUCAUGGACGGCUACACCGGAGAGUUUGACACCUUCCUGUACCAGCUGCCGGGGGCAGCCCAGCCGUGCUCCUCAGCCUCUUCUUCCUCAGUCUCCUCUGCGUCUUCUUCCUCAUCCUCGGCCACCUCCCCUGCCUCUGCUUCCUUCAAGUUUGAGGACUUCCAGGUGUACGGCUGUUACCCCGGCACCCUGAGUGCCCCGCUGGACGAGACCCUGAGCUCCAGCGGCUCUGACUAUUAUGGCAGCCCCUGCUCAGCCCCCUCGCCAUCCACGCCCAGCUUCCAGCCACCCCAGCUCUCUCCCUGGGAUGGCUCGUUUGGCCACUUCUCCCCCAGCCAGACUUACGAAGGCCUUCGGGCAUGGACAGAGCAGUUGCCCAAGGCUUCUGGGCCUCCACCACCUCCAGCCUUCUUCUCCUUCAGUCCCCCGCCUGGCCCCAGUCCCAGCCUGGCCCAGAGUUCCCUGAAGUUGUUCGCCCCACCGGCCGCCCACCAGCUUGGUGAGGGGGAGAGCUAUUCCAUGCCUUUCCCAGGCUUGGCACCCACCUCUCCAAACCAUGACACUUGUGGCGGUCUGGAUGUGCCUCUGACAUCCACCAAGGCCCGGAGCGGGGCUUCAGGUGCCAGUGAGGGCCGCUGCGCCGUGUGUGGGGACAGCGCUUCGUGCCAGCACUACGGGGUCCGCACCUGUGAGGGCUGCAAGGGCUUCUUCAAGCGCACAGUACAGAAAAGUGCCAAGUACAUCUGCCUGGCAAACAAGGACUGCCCUGUGGACAAGAGGCGGCGGAACCGCUGCCAGUUCUGCCGCUUCCAGAAGUGCCUGGCUGUGGGCAUGGUGAAGGAAGUGGUCCGGACGGACAGCCUCAAGGGGCGGCGGGGCCGGCUACCUUCCAAACCCAAGCAGUCCCCAGAUGCCUCCCCUACCAGCCUGCUCACCUCCCUCAUCCGGGCACACCUGGACUCCGGGCCCAGCACUGCCAAGUUGGACUAUUCCAAGUUCCAGGAACUGGCGCUGCCCCGCUUUGGGAAGGAGGAUGCUGGCGACGUGCAGCAGUUUUAUGACUUGCUUUCUGGCUCCCUGGACGUUAUCCGGAAGUGGGCAGAGAAGAUCCCGGGCUUUGCGGAGCUCUCCCCGGGAGACCAGGACCUGCUGCUGGAGUCCGCCUUCCUUGAGCUCUUCAUCCUCCGCCUGGCCUACCGAUCUAAGCCCGGUGAGGGGAAGCUCAUCUUCUGCUCAGGCCUGGUCCUGCACCGGCUACAGUGUGCCCGUGGCUUUGGUGACUGGAUCGACAGCAUCUUGGCCUUCUCACGGUCCCUGCAUAGCUUGGCUGUCGACGUGCCUGCCUUUGCCUGCCUGUCUGCUCUGGUCCUCAUCACUGACCGGCACGGGCUGCAGGAGCCUCGGCGGGUGGAGGAGCUGCAGAACCGCAUCGCCAGCUGCCUGAAGGAGCACAUGGCCACCGUGGCCGGAGAGCCGCAGCCGGCCAGCUGCCUGUCGCGCCUGCUGGGCAAACUGCCCGAGCUUCGGACCCUGUGCACGCAGGGCCUGCAGCGAAUCUUCUACCUCAAGCUGGAGGACCUGGUGCCGCCUCCGCCCAUUGUGGACAAGAUCUUCAUGGACACGCUGUCGUUCUAACCCUGCCCUAAGCUCGUGUGCACACCCGUGCGUGCUCUUACGUCACCCAUGUGCCUUCAAGCCCACGGGCCCCCAGAGCACCCCACCCCGCCUGGUUUUGAGCCGAGAGCGGCUCCCCUCCUCACUCCAGAAGAGGGCCGCAGGGAGCUCAGGAUCCGGGGGCGGGUGUUCGCGGGGGUGACCCCAAUAUUUGUCUCACUCCUCCAGCGCAGCCCUGGCCUUCGUGGUGGUUUUUUGUAAGAUAAACCGUUUUUAACACAUACCGCCCUGCUGUAAAUAAGCCACUGUAAAUACAGACAGGAAGAGGUUGAGGUGGGGGCCGGGAGGAAGGGAUGGGUCCCCCACCAGCCUGGGCAAGCCUUCCCAGCCUCCUUCCACAUGUACAUAACUGUCACUCAAGGUGAAUGACAGAUUCUGAUUUAUAUUUGUGUAUUUUUCCUGGAUUUAUAGGAUGUGACUUUUCUGAUUAAUAUAUUUAAUAUAUUGAAUAAAAAAUAGACAUGUAGCUGAAA